AUGGUCUUUGAUACAAUCGUACAAAAGGAUCAAUCAAAUCUCCACAAGAUGAUCGCAAGAGACGCUGGUUCCAUCCCCAACAGUGACCUACUUUCCUCGACGGCGGAGUCACGAGUUUCUGCAACGUUACCAUGUCGACGGAAAGGUUUAAUCGACGCCGGGAAGAGAAAUGUCUUCUACGGCGAAGAUGACGUGUCAGAUUUGAUGUUUAGAGAAGAAGAAGCGGAACAAGACACGGUGAUGAGAGCUUACAGAAGUGACGAAGCCAUGAGAUCUCUCCAAAAAACAAGACGAACAAGAAGAAGAAGAAAUCGAAACUAA